UUUAGCUGAAUAGAGCAUCAUAAACAAUGUCAUAUUCCGAAUUUUCAGAUUUCAAAUCGGUCCCGUUCUCCAGAAACGUCUAUUAGGCCGUCGAACUUGAAAUACCCUGUAUAUGAUAUUACGUAAUUACGUAUGAUACUUCAUACGGAGUAGACGUGUUAUUUGCGGCUCCUCUUAUUAUCGAGUUUUUCAAUAGGCGAAUCGUUCCAGUAAAAAGUGAAAUACGCAAUAUUUUGUUUUCAUUGGCGGUCUUUUCCUGAAUUCCCAAAUUUAAAAUUAUAAUUGCAUUUGUACUGAAACUAAACUUACAGGAUGGUUUUGACCUCACAACAACGGAGAAAUAUUAAGGAUAUUAUCGAAGAAAGUGUUAAUGAUUCACGUUUCUUGGCGACCUUGGCGAAAUGUGUUGCAGAUAUUGUGUUGGAUAAGAUGAAUGAUAAAUUUGAUUCAUUACUUCUAAAAACGGAUGUCCUUCAAGAGAAAGUGAACACAUUGCAGGCGGAAAAUAAUGAUCUGCGUAAACGUAUGAAUCGCCUGGAGCAGAAUCAAAGAAUGAGACGACUUCGAUUUACUGGUGUGCGCGAGGGAGAUAAAGAAGAUGUGAUGCAGUCAAUCACACAUUUGUUGACUAAUAAAUUGAACCUUGCAUCCUCGGACAUUCAUAUCGAGAAAUGUUACCGCAUACCUGUCAAGGAUAAAAAUAAAUUGCAAAUCUACGUUCGGUCAGAAAAAUGUUUGGUCACGCAAUGGGAGAAUUUAUGUGAGUAGCGUAGCUGGUGGAAAGAAGAUGAUUGAAUGUGCGGAAGAUUUGAAGGAUUGAUGUAAACAGCCGUAAACGGGUCUGCUCUAAUCAUGAGGAAAUAAAUAGCAUUGCCAAAAAUUGUUUAUUGAAAAUUAAUUUCUUUUCCACUUUCUUUUUUGAGUUUAAACCUUAGCUUUAUUGUUUAUAUUAUUUUAUUUUUUUUGUUGUUGAUAGUAUUUCUGAAAUUUCUUUAUAUAGAUUCAUUUUUGCCAUUGUAUGAUGAAUAAAAGGUAUCGGUUACAUGUUGCUCAGUUAAAUGUUCGCUCACUCCUAUGUCAUUUUUCUGAAUUCAAGGAAACUUUGUAUGAGCGUAAAUUUGACAUUUGCUGUGUUACUGAAACUUGGUUGAAGGAUGAACCUGAUUAUUUAGUGAAUAUUGAUCAGUAUGAUUUUGUGAGAAAUGACAGGCUCACCAGGGGAGGAGGUACAGGUAUUUAUGUGAAUAAGAAUAUAAAGUACAGAGAAAUCAGCUUUAAAUUGAAUCUUGAGAACACUACUAUUUUUCUUGAAUACGAUCAGUUCAAAAUUUUGAUUUGUGCUAUUUACAGACCGCCCAGUGUUGAUAAAAAGUUUUUAAUAGAAGAUAUUGAGGAUUCACUUUUAGCUUCCAUUCCAUAUAGCGAGAAUUUGGUUAUUGUGGGAGACAAGAAUAUUGACGUGUCGAAUACUAAGGGUGCCGAUUGCGUUUUUUACUUAUCGGCCCUGAAUACAUUUGGGUUGGCACAGCUUGUUGAUUUGCCAACUAGAAAGGAUGCGAUUUUAGAUCAUGUUAUAACCAAUACUCCUGAAGCUCUAAAAGACGUCAAAGCAGUCAAUUAUCAUUAUAGUGAUCAUGAUAUUACUAGUUUCACCGUUGAUGUAGAUGUAUCACAUGCAAACUUUAAGUAUGUCACUUAUAGAGAUUUCCGAAAUUUUUCGCCGAGUUCUUUCAGUGACGAACUUGCUUAUUCAUCUCUUGAUGAAAUUUUUGUCUUGAGAAACAUUGAUGAUAAGGUGGCUCAUAUUUCUUGUGUUCUUACACGGUUGUUUGAUAAACAUGCUCCAGUGAGAUCUUGUCGCAUCACUAAACCUCCUGCUCCAUGGUUAACCAAUGAAAUUAGGCAGCUUAUGAAUAAUCGUGACAGGGCAAAAAAAAAAUAUAGAAAAUCGCGUACUGCAUUGAAUCGAUGA